AUGUUUCCUGAGUGUGCGCAGACGACGACGGGCACUGGCCCCUCGCUCAACCUGGACCAAGUCAAUCGCACCCAUUUCCCUUUCUUCUCGGAUGUCAAGAGCGACCACCGGUUAGUACUGAGUGCCGUGGAGACCACGGUGCUGGGGCUCAUCUUUGUGGUGUCACUGCUGGGCAAUGCAUGUGCCCUGGUGCUCGUGGCGCGCCGUCGGCGCCGCGGGACGACAGUCAGCUUGGUGCUCAACCUCUUCUGCGCGGACUUGCUCUUCACCAGCGCCAUCCCUCUGGUGCUCAUCGUACGCUGGACCGAGGCCUGGCUGCUGGGCCCCAUCGUCUGCCACCUGCUCUUCUACGUGGUGACCAUGAGCGGCAGCGUCACGAUCCUCACGCUGGCGGCGGUCAGCCUGGAGCGCAUGGUGUGCAUCGUGCGCCUGCAGCGCGGCUUGAGGGGCCCUGGGCGGCCGGCGCAGGCAGCGCUGCUGACUUUCAUCUGGGGUUACUCAGCGCUCGCCGCGCUGCCCCUCUGCAUCUUGUUCCGAGUGGUCCCGCAGCGCCUUCCCGGAGGGGACCAGGAAAUUCCGAUUUGCACAUUGGAUUGGCCCAACCGCGUAGGAGAAAUCUUGUGGGAUGUGUUUUUUGUGACUUUCAACUUCCUGGUGCCAGGGCUGGUUAUUGUGAUCAGUUACUCCAAAAUUUUACAGAUCACAAAGGCGUCAAGGAAGAGGCUCACGCUGAGCUUGGCCUACUCGGAAAGCCACCAGAUCCGAGUGUCCCAGCAGGACUACAGGCUCUUCCGCACCCUCUUCCUGCUCAUGCUCUCCUUCUUCAUCAUGUGGAGUCCCAUCAUCAUCACCAUCCUCCUCCUCUUGAUCCAGAACUUCAGGCAGGACCUGGUCAUCUGGCCAUCCUUCUUCUUCUGGGUGAUGACCUUCACGUUCGCCAACUCUGCCCUGAACCCCAUCCUGUACAACAUGUCGCUGCUCAGGAACGAAUGGAGGAAGAUUUUUUGCUGCUUCUUUUUCCCAGAGAAGGGAGCCAUUUUUACAGACACGUCAGCCAGACGAAAUGACUUGUCUGUUAUUUCUAGCUAACCAGCUGGA